AUGCAACGGCUCAUAUUUGUCUCAUACCGAACAGGGACACCGCAGAUAUUCGCAGAAGAACGCACCACGGGUGAACUUCGCCAAUUAACAGAUAGACCUGACCUCGCCGAGUGGUCGGUGCAUCCCUCGCGUGAUGGAAAAGCAGUCUACUUCACAGCAGGCACAAGCGGAUGGAAAGUAGAUUUGGAGACGCUUGAAGCGCACGAACUUGUCAAUUUCGCAGCAACGGCGAUGCGGGAAGAAGGUAUGGUAGCCGCCGCUAUGGGCACUACCGCCUUGAGUCACGAUAAUCGAUGGUGGGCUGUCAGAUUCAACAUCGGUAAAGAAUCCGCACUCGCUAUUAUAGACACAGACACCGGCGGGCACGAUAUCAUCUUGCGGAGAGAGAGUAUUGGACACCUUCAAUUCUGUCCCGACGAUUCCAACCUGCUCUACUAUGCGGGUCCCCUUACUGAUCGAGUGUGGGUAAUCCAUCGCGACGGAACGGGUAACCGUCGUCUCUAUGCCCGUAACGUCGAAAAGAACGAAUGGAUCACACAUGAAACCUGGAUCCCAGGAACGCGUGAACUCGCUUUUGUCGAUUGGCCCCGCGGCGUGAGGUGUAUCAACGCCGAUACUGGCAUAGACCGACAAGUGACAACGUUCAACGCAUGGCAUGCCAUUAGUAAUUCUGCUGGAACACUUAUGGUAGCAGACACUAACUUCCCAGAUAUUGGUAUCCAAAUUUUCGAUCCACGUGAUGGUAUUGGCGAACCUCAGACGUUAUGCUAUCCCAACGCCUCGUCUAUUGGCGAGCAUUGGAACGGACCGUUCCCGUAUGCCGCUGGUCCUAUUCAGGUUUACGCACCACAGCAUACACAUCCACAUCCGUCUUUCAGUCCGGAUGGCAAGCACGUUGUAUUCACAUCCGAUCGAAGUGGAUAUGCUCAAAUUUAUGAGGCAAUUCUCGGUGAUACAUAA